GAAAUGACAUUGCGGGUCCUGGACUUGGCACUGGCACGGGUGAUCAGUUUAGUCCUCGAAGUUGCAAAACUCGACCGAGGUCCAAAUUGAGGUUUGCCGGAUUUAACUGGUGGUUAACUUGCCACGUGGCGCUGAUGAUGUGGACUAAGUGGGACCCACCAGAGGGGCUCAACUGUAAGAUAGCCUAUGCGAAUUUGCACAGAACCCCUUCGAGCCCUUAUUUCAUCAACCUGCGAUCGAGACCUGGGCAAACCCCGGGCCGGGUUUCGGGCUGGCUUCAAAGCUCGACCAGAAAAUCCCAGGCCCGGGCCCGGCCUGAAACCUGGAAAAGUAGCAUUUUAGACAUUAAAAUAAUCAUUUUCGGGGUAAAUGAAUGACUUUUUAUACCUAUUUUCCCAAAAAAAAUAUUGAGUUUACCCCAUCUUGGGCUUUUUCCGGGCUUUUGGGCCGGGCUCACACCGAGAAUGCAAAUCCCACGGGCGGCCCACACCCUAGUCGACUCCUUCUAGUCUCUUCAUCUCCCGUCGAACUCGUGGUGAACUUUGGCGGCAAAGCUCAUCCUGGCGACCGAAGUGGCGGUGAUUGCCGGUGGCCAUGCAGGCUCGUCGAAGGAACCUGGCGACGAUCCUCCGGACUACGGUUGAUUUUUACCUCUUUUCUCGUUCCGCGACAAGGUGAUGAGGUGUUUUUUAGGGUAUUGAGUUUUGUUUUUACAAUAUGAUCCGAUGAUAUAUAAAAUAGGCGUUUUUCUUUACUGUUGUUGGUCCAUUAGGGCCACAUUUGGCUAUUGUUUGGUGUAGAAUUCUAUAGGUGAAUGAUUUAAUUUCCCGCUGUUGUGAAAGUUUGGGCGAAUAUCCUGAAAAAUUACGUCCAGUGUUGCUUCAUGAUUGUACUCAGUCUACAUUAAACUGCCAUAUAUUAUGCCAAAACACAUUUAAUUGAGUCCACAAUCAAGAUAUGCAGACGGAGCGGAUUAAACAGAGAGGUCAAAAUGAAGAUGAAAAAGAGAUCAAUACACAGCUUAUGUUUCUUGUUUUCACCCUGCCUAAUCAGAUACUUAUGAUCAGAACUUAUAAUCAUGAGCAUGAUACUUUGUUUCUAUGAGAAGUUCUAAUACACCACACAGCUGAUGCAUAUUCACCAACAUAUAUGGAUCUAUUUUGGUAUUCAUGUUAUCUUACUCCUAAACAUAUGGAUCUUUUCACAGGGUUGAUGGAGAAUUUCUCUCCAAGGACUUUGCUCAAUAGUAUCUCACAUCUUAGUCUCUUAACUUCCGAUGGCUCUACUGCAAGACCCAAGCCUAUUCAGAAGUACUGCCAAAAUGUAUGCGAUAUCUCAAGCAUUGUGAGACCUCUCAUAGAAGAUCUAUGCAAGUCUCCUGAAGAGCAACCCAAUGAGGUGUUAAGGGAUCUUGACACUGCUGUCAAUGAAGCUUCAGGGCUUAUUGGGAACUGGCAACAAACGACCAGCAAAAUAUAUUUUGUUUGGCAAAUUGAAUCGGUGAUCUCAGAUAUUCAGGGAUUCACCCUUCAGCUGUGCCAGCUUGCUAAUUCUCUAUUACCUUCUCUAACUGGUUGUGCCUGCAUCUGCAUUGAGAAACUCCAGGACAUAAAUUAUGAGCACAUGUUUGAUUUGGUGAAGGAGGUUGCAAUAGAGCUUACAAUGGACACACAAAGUCCUAAGAAUCUUUUGAAAGUAUCGAGUUCAUUGAGCCUGUCAACUAACCUUGAAUUAUACAUGGAAGCUCUUUCCCUCGAGAAUCUCAAAGCAAGGGCAAUUCGAAGUGAGAACCGUGAAGAACUGGAUCUAGUUGAGCAGAUGAUCCCAAUGGUCAAUUAUAUGCAUGAUCGCCUUCUCAGAGAAACAAAGUUGCUUAGCACUUAUCCGGUGUCCGUUCCUGGUGAUUUUUGUUGCCCGCUUUCCCUGGAGCUGAUGUCUGAUCCUGUUAUUGUAGCAUCUGGUCAGACCUAUGAGCGGGUUUAUAUCAAGUUGUGGCUUGAUGAGGGUUUUACUAUCUGCCCAAAGACACGCCAAAGGAUUAAUCACUCCAAUUUAAUUCCUAACUAUACUGUGAAAGCUUUUAUAGCUAACUGGUGUCAGUUGAAUGACAUUAAGCUACCUGAUCCUGUGAAAUCCUUGAAGCUGAACUUCCCUUCAGCAGCCUCCACCACUCAAGAUUUGGGUGCCACAGGCAACAGCCCCCUACAUCCUAGUGUAGCUAGGGCUAACAAUAUUCCUGGGUCCCCAGAAACUGACCUAUAUAUGAGAGUCUUGGAUAGAGCGUCUCCUCCCCACAGUGUAGUCCAUCAGAACUUUGAUGCAUCUGUGAAUCGCCCUGGUCAUGAGACCUCCACUAAUCAAUCUUCAGAAUACACAAAUGGCUCCGCACCAGAUAUUGCAAGGUUAUCUCUUGCAAUAUCUGAUUCAAGAGAUAGUUUGGGAGAUAGACAUGCUGGUUCUUCUAACGUACAAACUUCAGAACAAUCAACAGAGGACACAUUUCAAGCAUCUGAUGUGAACAUGGAUUCACAGGACCAAGUAGGCAGUUCUUCGGUGUAUGGUAGUGUUCCUAAUAGCGGCCAGCUUGGUGGGGGAUGUGACAUGGAAAAGGGGUUGAUGAGAGUUCUAAGUGAUAGGACAAAUUACAGUAGCAAUGCAUCUGGAGAGGUUGCAGAUGGUGGGUCUUCAGCCUCUUCGGCCCAAAGGGAAAAGGUAAUCCUACCAAGAUUGGGUGAUGUCCGCAUGAGAGGGCAAUUUGUUAGCCGGCAAUCAUCUGACAGGGGAUUUCCCAGAAUAAUAUCUUCCCCAUCCAUGGAUGCUCGGAGUGAUCUUUCUGCCAUCGAGAGUCAGGUUAGCAGGCUAAUCAAUGAUUUGAGGAUCGAUUCCAUUGAAGUUCAGAGAUCAGCAACAUCAGAGAUUCGCCUUCUAGCAAAGCACAACAUGGAGAACAGGAUUGUCAUUGCAAAUUAUGGGGCUAUAAACAUACUGGUUGGUCUUCUUCAUUCGCCAGAUGCCAAAAUCCAAGAAAAUGCAGUGACAGCCCUCCUCAAUUUGUCAAUCAACGAUAACAAUAAGAUUGCAAUUGCAAAUGCUGAUGCUGUUGAACCUCUUAUCCACGUCCUUGAAACAGGGAACCCUGAAGCUAAAGAGAAUUCUGCAGCUACUUUAUUCAGUCUCACAUUUAUUGAAGGAAACAAAUUGAGAAUUGGACGAUCUGGUGCCGUCAAGCCUCUUGUAGACUUGCUGGGAAACGGGACCCCGCGAGGAAAGAAAGAUGCAGCUACUGCAUUGUUUAACUUAUCCAUACUCCAUGAGAACAAGGGUCGUAUUGUGCAAGCUGAGGCUGUGAAGCACCUAGUUGAUCUCAUGGACCCUGCUGCUGGAAUGGUUGACAAAGCUGUAGCUGUCUUGUCAAAUCUUGCUACGAUACCAGAAGGGAGGACUGCGAUUGGGCAGGCCCGUGGCAUUCCGUCCCUUGUUGAAGUUGUUGAACUGGGUUCAGCUAGAGGGAAGGAAAAUGCUGCUGCGGCAUUGUUUCAGCUUUGCACAAACAGCAACAGAUUCUGCAACAUAGUUCUUCAAGAGGGUGCGGUGCCCCCUUUAGUUGCACUGUCACAGUCAGGAACUCCACGAGCAAGAGAAAAGGCGCAAGCUCUUCUCAGCUACUUCCGCAGCCAAAGACACGGGAACUCGGCUAGGAGAUGAUCUUGCCAGAAAUUUUUGUGGUGCACAUAAAGCAUGUCCUUGGGUUUCUAAAAUGGCAGCUGGUUGUCGCCGGUUGGUGUUAUGUACUGUCUAUAGUCAAAUUGAGAUUGUGCUCUUUUCACGCAACUUCUGGCGCAUCUGCUUGGUUGUCGCCGUUCGUUGUUGAGAUGGUGUAUGUUUCGGGUUUUAUUCUUUGUACAGCUUGUCCAUGGGUAUCUAUUUUGCGGAGGUUUUAUUAUGUACAUCCUGUUAGCUGACUGACACUAUGGUUGUUUCGAUGCUUGUGAUCUCAUGUUAAUAUUGCCCUGCUGUACCAAAUAAGUCUUGUCGCU